AAUGCCCCACGCCAGGUUGCUGCUCCUCCUCGCCCUCCUCUGUGCCACCGAGACCAGCCGGGCUCUCCGCCUCUACAACACCGCCUCCAUCUUCAGCUGCCUCAACGCGGCCCUCGCCGAAGCCCAGAAGAGCCAGCCGGAGGAAAACGCCGUCUUGGACAAGCGCAGCUUUGACUCCCCAUCACCAGAGGAGGCAUCUGAGGAGGAGGAGGGGGAGUUCGCAGUGGAUGAAGAGAUGGGGAAAAGGACGUUCCCGGGGGAAGGCCAUUACAAAUACGUCUCCCAGGCCCAGGUGAAGGGAAAGACGUACCAAAACCGGGCCAAGAGCGACCGCCGCACCAAGGUCACCCUCUCCCUCGACGUCCCCACCAACAUCAUGAACAUCCUCUUCAACAUCGCCAAAGCCAAGAACUUGCGGGCGAAGGCCGCCGCCAACGCGCACCUCAUGGCCCAAAUUGGGCGGCGGAAGUGACCCCACACUGGGCAGGGGGGGACUCGGA